GCAGUGAGAUCACUAACAGAAAUGAAGAAUGAGUAUGUACCUGAGCAUCCAUGAAGAUGUCUACCUGGGCAUCCACAUGCAUUAGUACAAGCUUAUCCUUGACCAACCCCAUGAUGUCAGGGAUCCACAAUUAACAUACAAGGAAACUGAAGCUGGGACACUUGUCUAAGAAAUGCAGGUGGCCUCCUGCUAAAUCAUCUGUUCUCCAGCCCAGAGUCUGGGGAAUCCUAUUCUGGAGGAACCCGUGUCUCUGUGAUCUUGGAAGGAAGUAGCUGUGAGUCUGCCUGCUCUCCUGAGCUGCCAGGAUCCUUGAGAAGAUGAAGGUGUCUGUGGUCCUCUCCCUCAUCGGCUACCUGAUGGUGCCAAGUGGUGCUCACAUCUUAGGGCGCUGCGUUGUGGCUAAAAAGCUCCAGGAAGGAGGCAUGGAUUAUUAUGAGGGCUACAGCCUUGCAAACUGGGUGUGCCUGGCUUAUUUUGAGAGCAAGUUCAACCCCACGGCUGUCUACGAUAACUCUCAGGAGAACUACACUGGUUAUGGACUCUUUCAGAUCCGGAACGAUGACUGGUGUGACCAUGGCAGGAACCGCUGCCACAUGGCCUGCUCCGAUUUACUGAAUCCAAAUUUAAAGAAGACAAUUGCAUGUGCCAAGAAAAUUGUACGAGGGAAAGAUGCGAUGCGAUCAUGGCCCUCCUGGACCCUGAACUGCCAGUUCUCUGACACUCUGUCGCGGUGGUUGGAUGGAUGCAAGCUGUAGACGCCUGGGCGCCCCCCACGACACUCACCAGUUGCGUCCUCUGAACGAAGAUGCUCUCCUGUUAGCUUCCUUGGUUCAGUCCUGUUGAUGAUUUCACUGCUUGACAGCUCCAAAUGGAAAAGGACAAAAGUUUGCAUUGUCCAGGCGUGUGGAAUAAACCAGCUAGUUACUCA